CUAUAAAUGCCUAAAACGGGAUACAUUGCAAUGCCACCAAAUUUGAGACCAAACAAAGGUGCGUUAAAUCAAGCUAGAAAUUAUGGAAAACCCUCGCAGAGGAGAGGAUCCAGAGAAGCAAGGAAAGCAAGAGAAGGGAAGCCAAGAAGUACGUUACCGCGGGGUCCGAAGAAGGCCGUGGGGGAAGUUUGCUUCUGAGAUAAGAGACCCUUCUAAGCAAGGUGCUCGUCUGUGGCUUGGUACAUUUGACACCGCUGAGGAAGCUGCAAGGGCUUAUGAUAAUGCUGCCUUUAAUUUAAGGGGUCAUCUUGCCAUACUAAAUUUUCCAAAUGAGUAUUAUGCUCAAGUUAUGGGCUCUCCUCCUUAUCCUCCUAGAUUCUCGACACUUCCUUCUUCUUCUUCUUCUUCUUCCACUUCAUCAUCUUCUGCCGCUGCACCCGGUGGAAGUUCAUCUGCUGGACAGGGAAGCAGGCAAGUGUUUGAGAUUGAGUACUUGGAUAACAAGGUGUUAAGUUGCUAAAAGAAGUAGGGACUC